AUGGAACGUAAAUAUAUAUUACUGUUAAUAAUUCCUCGCUGUUUAACUGUACAGUUGCAUCAAGAUUGUGUGACGUAUCCUUUCGAAGAAGAGUUUGAUAUACAAUUUUCAUCUGUAUACAAGUGUCCGGAGAAAUGGAAAUUAGGCAACUAUAACACGAUUUUAUUGAAGAGUCCACAUGUAUUGAGCAGGACAUUUAUAUCGCCGACGAAUUUGUUAAGUUGCGUUGUUUCUUACAAGUUUCCAAUGAAUGCUACGGGGAUUGUGGAAGUUAAUCUAUAUAUGGAUACUGUAUCAAGCAACGAUUUUAUAUCUAUAGAAAUUUAUAGUGCGGCUUCGGGCUCUGAUACUGUGGUGGGAGAGAAGACGAUCUCGCCUUUGAGUCCAGAUUUUGAAAUUGGAUGGAAAACUGUAGAAAUACCGCUGUCCGGUUUAGGAGCUUUCAAUGGUUAUAUUUUUCUGAAAGGCAAGACGAAUGAUGGCUCUGUAGUUCUUAUUGAUUCUUUUCGCUACAUCCCACCGUUGUACGAUAAAGAACUUUGUAAAAUAUACGAUAAUUCUGUCUAUGAUUAUACAGAAUUUUAUGAUUUUACCACAGUAGAAAAUACACCAGAUAUUCAAACCAUAACAGAACAACAAUUUGACAUAACAGUCGGAUAUUCUAAUGAAAUCCAUGAAAACAAUGACUAUAUUACUCAUCCUGACAUUGCUAUGAAUUUGCUCGAUACAGAAUUUCUUAAUACACCAGAACAAUCUACUAAUAUUCAAACACAAGAAUUAUCUGAUAUAACAGAAGUUGUCUACAUCACAGAUACAUCUCAAAGUGCUGUAAUGUUAAAUACAGAAUUACCAGCAACAUCACAAACAAUAUUAAGUACAGAAACGUCUACACAUAAAACUGACAUAGAAUGGAUCGAUUCCAAACUUCUAGGUACUACUGUAGAAGCACCAAAAAUCGAAGACGAAACCUAUGCAUCAACAUUAUCAAUAACUACUGAAUUAAAUUAUGCCAUACACUCGUCCACUGAACAAGAUACCACAACUGCCUUACCCGAAACCCUUUAUGAUCCCACAACAAAUAGAGAUAUAGCAACGAGUUUUAAGACAAUUUAUACUAAUAUGCCUGAUAAAAACGACGAAAGUACUACUAGUAAGGCAAAUGUAAUGGAUACUGAACUGACCACAAAGUUAAUUCCACGAUCUUCAACAGAAGGGAGUAAUAUCAAAACAACAACAACUAAAUAUGUAAGUUUUUCGACAACAUUAUGGGAUUUCUUACAUCCAUCAAUUUCUAGGACAAAAGGAAGUGAAGUUAAAGAUACCUCUGAGAUUUCCAGCAACAAACAGAAUUUAAAUGUAAUGGAUAGUGAACUAACUACAACGUUAACUCCAAGUACUUUGACAGAAGGAAUUUAUACAAAAACAACUGCAAAUAAAGAUGAUAUAGUAAUACCACUGAAACGAAAUAAAAUAAUUAUUAAGUCAGAUAUCAAAGCAAUCGACAUCUUCACAACUACAAGUUCCAAUGAAGCAGACGAUGGAACAUUUGCACGGACUCUUGAAGUUGAAGAUAAUUUAAUGCAUUCUACAACGGAGUUGGCAACAAAAGAUAUAUCUAAUAAUAAAAUAUUAUCCAAUUUAAAGCUGCAGCUUGCUCCGACAGAAAGAGAAUAUUUUGCUUUCAUGUGGAAGAUUGGCUCGCGCCUUCACAAAGCUCGAGCAAUCGGAGUCAUCCGCCUUUUGUCGUCUUCAUCCGUUGCGUAA